UGCACCUUGCUGUACGUGUUAGAAUGCAUUUGUAUGUGAAGGAUGUGAUAAGCAGGAAAAUGCACUAUCUCUCACUCAUCCUAAACAGAGAGAGAGAAACGAAUGAGUAUAUAAGUAGCGGUUAUUGGAUUUGCCAGCUUCAUUUGAGCACUAGUCACGAUCCUGUUACACAUAUCCUCGUCAUCAUGGACUCAUCAUCUACGCGUCAGGACUACAUUCUUCCAUAUACUCAUCCUCAUCAACAUCAAAGCACUUCCUUCCCAUCUUACUGGGCAGCGCAAGCUGCACAGAAGAAGAAGCUUCCAUCCGUCAAUACCAGUGCUGCUCCCGCUGCUGCUGCUGCUGCUGCAUCUGACUGCGAGGACUCACCGCUGAAGAGCCGUGGUGUCUUUGUGGAGAGAGGGAUGAGCAGUGAGGAAUUCAUUGUACCGGACACACCACCAUCUCAUCUGGGGUGGGCACCGAGGCGUGUACCACUCACGAUGAUUUCCAACAAGCAACAGGGGAAGAGAAAGCUGCACUUUCUGGAUGAUGAGGAGGAAACCAACUUUGUACCCUCAAAGAAACAAUGUGCAUAUGAAGGUGAGAACUCCUCCAUGGUUCCACUACUAGAGGAGGGUGCGCGGGAUGAUGACAAUCAGGAUGAUUUUGUUGCAAUCAUCAAUAGACCCACGGCUAAACCGUGGAUGCCUCUCCGUGAGCUGGCGGAAGAUGUCCCGCAUAGUAUCAUCUCGGCUCGUGAGGGAACAAACCACCACGGGAGAAGAAUAAUAUUAAAAAAAACAUUUCAUCUACAAAGAAAAUCUCUGAGGUAUAUCUACCUCAGAGAUUUUCAUCCAUAAUUUCCCCCGUAAAAGUUAUUGAAUUUAAUGCCAAUUGUAAAAAUUUAGCAAUAGUGGUGAAGCAUGUCACUGCUACAUGGACUGACAUUAAGAUUGUUAAAAUUUAACAAUCUUAUUGUCAUACCAUGUUGUGGUGAGAUGCUUUAUAAGUAGUAGUAGUAUAUAAUGUAAAUAUUGUAGUGAUUAAUAAUAAAUUGUAAUAUUGUUUUUAUAAAAA